AUAAAGCCUUUUGUAAAGAUCCCGAUUUCCUAGUGAUAUGCGGGACAAACAUCGUUAUAAGUUGUCCAAGUUGCCAAGAAAUAGUUCCUUUGCACGAGUAAGAAACCGAUGUAUUUCCACGGGCCGCCCUCGUUCCGUAUAUGAGUUCUUUCGAAUUUCUCGUAUCGUUUUUCGUGGAUUAGCAUUUCGAUGGGCAUAAAGAAAUCGUCUUGGUAGCAACCACCAAACCAAUAGAGCAAGGGUUAGCUCUGCGGCUGGUCCACAGGUAAGUAGGUCCAUUACCGGCCGGCUCCGGACCGAAAAGACCUAACGGAGUAAUCCCUUAUCUCGGAUCGGAGAUGCUAACGGGGCGGGAAUCGAAGUGGGAGACCUCUCUACCGCCUGUGUCUAUCUCCUGUAAAGUAUGCUCCCCAGACAUAGACUACGUACAGGGUAGUACUCCUGGAAAGAUAGAAUAUCACCGCGUGAACAUAACAUUAAGUUACGAAUGUAACUCCCGAGGGAUCGACCACUAUUCUAAAUAUAGUAAGGCGGAGAACUGUUGUUCAUUAGAGCGCCGGGGUGCAGAGGUUGUUCCCAUCAUUGAAGUCAGAGUGUGGGACUGAGCCUUCCGAAUGAUAAAGACAAAAAAGUGCUUUUUUUCGUUGGAAAAACCAACGCAAAUCUCAUAUUUACUUUCUCUCGCCCGGAUAGAUAGAAAAGGUUGGAGAGAGUGACUUUAACCGCCUGAAAUUCUCUCCCUUCUAAAGCUGCGCAAGGCGGCCCCCCCAGAACAAAGCCCCCCCCCUCUUUUCUCCCUUUAAUGAAAGCCCCUCGCCCCGCUUCCUAUUCAUUUGUGGGUCGGGACCCGAAGGCCCCUUUUUUUUCUCAAGAGGUGAUUUCGAGAAUCAAUCAACCGACAAAUCCGUACCCCAGGUGACUCACAGCCUCCCUCUCGCCCAAAUGAAAUGGGAUGGAUUAAAUCAAUAAGCUUUUUGAUUGAUUCAGGGCGCAGCGAAGCCAAAUUCAAUCAAGGCAAGGGGGGCUUGCUUUUCCUGACGCUGAGUCAUCCUAUUAAAAUUUAGCUAUGCUAAUGGAACAGGAAAAGUAUUCAGAUGAUAUGGACCCCGGCGAGAACCUCCAAUUGCUUAGGGGUCGCACUCUCUCCCGCUUGGUGGACGAAAUCUUCUCUCCUUUUAGAAUUCUUUCUCCCACACACCUUUGCCCUCUUUCACCGCAGAGGAAAGAAGAAUCUUCCAAAUAAAUAUAUAACAAUUUUUUUUUAGUAAGUAGGGCCCCAGAACGCUAAAAAGGCGGGGGAACUAGAGUUGUCACGAUAGGAAAGAUAAAUGACUAUAAGGAACCAACGAUUCUCUCUUCUUAAACAACCAAUAUCCUCCACACUUAAUCAGCAUUUGAUAGAUUAUCCAACCCCGAGCAAUCUUAGUUAUUGGUGGGGGUUCGGUCCGUUAGCUGGUAUUUGUUUAGUCAUUCAGAUAGUGACUGGCGUUUUUUUAGCUAUGCAUUACACACCUCAUGUGGAUCUAGCUUUCAACAGCGUAGAACACAUUAUGAGAGAUGUUGAAGGGGGUUGGUUGCUCCGUUAUAUGCAUGCUAAUGGGGCAAGUAUGUUUCUCAUUGUGGUUCACCUUCAUAUUUUUCGCGGUCUAUAUCAUGCGAGUUAUAGCAGUCCUAGGGAAUUUGUUCGGUGUCUCGGAGUUGUAAUCUUCCUAUUAAUGAUUGUGACAGCUUUUACAGGAUACGUACUACCUUGGGGUCAGAUGAGCUUUUGGGGAGCUACAGUAAUUACAAGCUUAGCUAGCGCCAUACCUGUAGUAGGGGAUACCAUAGUGACUUGGCUUUGGGGCGGUUUCUCCGUGGACAAUGCCACCUUAAAUCGUUUUUUUAGUCUUCAUCAUUUACUCCCCUUUAUUUUAGUAGGCGCCAGUCUUCUUCAUCUGGCCGCAUUGCAUCAAUAUGGAUCAAAUAAUCCAUUGGGUGUACAUUCAGAGAUGGAUAAAAUUUCUUUUUACCCUUAUUUUUAUGUAAAGGAUCUAGUAGGUUGGGUAGCUUUUGCUAUCUUUUCUUCCAUUUGGAUUUUUUAUGCUCCUAAUGUUUUGGGGCAUCCCGACAAUUAUAUACCUGCUAAUCCGAUGCCCCCCCCGCCUCAUAUUGUGCCGGAAUGGUAUUUCCUACCGAUCCAUGCCCUUCUUCGUAGUAUACCUGACAAAUCGGGAGGUGUAGCCGCAAUAGCACCAGUUUUUAUAUGUCUGUUGGCUUUACCUUUUUUUAAAAGUAUGUAUGUGCGUAGUUCAAGUUUUCGCCCUAUUCACCAAGGAAUAUUUUGGUUGCUUUUGGCGGAUUGCUUACUACUAGGUUGGAUCGGAUGUCAACCUGUGGAGGCACCAUUUGUUACUAUUGGACAAAUUUCUUCUUUAGUUUUCUUCUUAUUCUUUGCCAUAACGCCCAUUCCGGGACAGGUUGGAAGAGGAAUUCCUAAUUCUUACACGGAUGAGACUGAUCACACCUGAUCAGUGAAAAAUUCUGACACCAAUCAUUUGAGUAUUACACCAAGAAUUAAUUGACAAGCGGA